AUGUUGCCGGAUCUCUCCCCUCAUUUGCACACUAGAGAAUGUAAUUUUCUUAUCGAACUUCUCAAAAGAUGUAAUGAAGAGAAAACUAUAGGUAAACUCUUUGGUCAGUGUUCUUACUGGGAUGAAGCUGUUUGGCAAUGUACAAAGAAGGAACGCAUUUGGCGAAGAGAUAACAAUCCCCGGUACUCGAAACGCAUCGUUGAAUUACGCAAUUUGCCGGAAGAGUACUGGACACCUGUGCUGAAGAAAUUAAAGGACGAUGGGGAAUUGAGCUUGAUCCCGCUCAUGUUCGUGAUCUACGUCUCUGGUCUUUUCGCAGAAAGGUCCCAAAUUAGUCAGUUUCUUGGUAUGCUGCCUUUGAAAGAAAAAUCUUUCGAAGAUGCUGCUCUUGGAGAUCGUCUCGAGGACUCGUUAGGGAUUCAUUGUCAACUGCCCUCCACUCGUCACCAUCCCUAUCGAACCAGACGCCUUAGUGGUGGAUCAACUUGUUCCUCUGAUUGCUCACAACCAAGCCCAAGUUCAGUAAGUUCACUCCCUGACUCACCUCACCCAGCAAUUCGAACUUCACGAGACAUACAAAUCUUCGAGAGACUCCGUCGCUUUGUCCCGUCAAUAAGCUCGGAAAGGAAUGCAUUCAGGAUGCUCGUUGACUAUGUCUCACAAGUAAUGGAACUCGAACAAAGAGUGGACGAACCGGACGAGAAGGUUGAGAUCAAACCGCAAUUGAGUGCUGGGAUGCCACAGUACAGAUGCAGUUACAUGUAUCAUCUUCCGCCAUCUGCAACCUAUAAUAAUGAGGUGUUCCCGGACGAUUUGGCGGGCGUCGACGUUAGCGCGUUCAAGCAUCUGAUCUGCUCACAACCUGUUCGUAUCGAUGCGAGCCUUUUUCAAUGA